GCGGCGGGCGGGAGGAUGGAGCAGGGGCUGUCCGCCAUCACCCUCUACUGCGCGCCCGCCGCCGUCCCCGCGGCUGCCGCCUGCACCAUGGAGCCUGAGCAGCAACUUGCAAAUGGAGAGGGAGGCUUUGAGAAUGUGGAGCUGGGUGUCAUAGGAAAGAAGAAGAAAAUUCCAAGGAGGGUUAUUCAUUUUGCAAGUGGAGAAACAAUGGAAGAAUAUAGCACAGAUGAAGAGGAAGAUGAACAAGAGAAAAAAGACCUGUUACCACCUGUAGAUCCUACAACACUCACGUGGGGGCCCUACUUGUGGUUUCACAUGCUGCGAGUUGCCACAUCAACCUUAUCAGUGUGUGAUUUCCUUGGGGAAAAGAUUGCAUCUGUUCUGGGCAUAAGCACACCAAAAUACCAAUAUGCCAUUGAUGAGUACUACAGAAUGAAGAGAGAGGAGGAAGAGGAGGAACAGGAAAAUAAGAUGUCAGAAGAAGCAGAAAGACAGCAUCAAGAACAACAGAACAAACCACAAGCUGAAGCUCCUGUCCAGACAGACCAGCCUGAAGCAACAGGGUGUACUUCGUUUGUGAAUGUAAACUUUGAAAACGAGGGAGAUUUGCAGUCUGUUGGGGAGAACAAACAAGAUGUAGUUCCUGUCCCUCCUUAAGUGUAAAGCUCUGUUUAAUGUAGAAACCACGAAGUGUCAGGUGUCACAAUCUGGCUGUAAGGAGCAGGAAAAAUAGGAUUAUACUUCUUCAGUGAAAUACAAUUCCUGGUAUUCUUAUUGAUCAGGAGAGAGCUAGGCAACGUCUGUUCAGUCAGUUUGUCUGCCCAAUAAAGGCUGAGGCAUUCUGCCAAAUUGGCACUUCAGUGAAAAGGAAAAUUGCACUACAAACAUUUGGUCUAAAAUCGAAUGUGUGAGCUAAUUUCUGUGUAAAGCAAGUAAAAAUGUCUUUUAUUUGAGUUGCUGUGUCUCUUUAACACCUGUGGAUUGCAGAUGCAGUGCUGUUUCCUACUUUCUAAACACCUCUUUCUGGUUUGCACAUUGUUUGCAACUUGGCUCUCUAUGAAUAGAUUAAUAGGGAUCAAUAUCCUGUAACUCACAAGUCAUUGUAAUAGCAUCUGAUUUCCCCUAUUUAUUGUCACUGUUGUAUGCAUGUUUUUCUGUUGUUGGGUAACACGAGAGACAAUGUUAGAUUUACUGUUAGUUAGACUUAAGGGUCCACUGACUUUUAGUUACAAAAAAAUAAGAACAAAGGAGGCUGUAAACACCUUCAAGAACUUAUUAACAAGUGCCACCAGCACUCCUGGAAGCUGAUGGUGCUCAGCUGCUUCACUCAGUGCUCUAGCAAAGUGCAAAACUAGCAUCAGUGUAAGAUCUUCUCCCUUCCACGUCCAAGAAUUGAGACUUACUUGCUUGAUUACUUAACAUUGGAAAUAAAACUCAAAUCUUGCUAAAUUAUACUGCAUGCACUGGACACUGUGUAUGGUACCAAUCUAGAGCAAUGAAAAACUUUUGGGGCAUAGACUACCUGGGACAAUGUACUUGAUUAAUCUCAACAGACUAUUUGCUUAAUGUUAAAUGACUAGUAAGAGAUGUGCCAUUGCAGAUGUUUCUCCCUCUCCAGCACAGAAUAGAUAAAGAAGAAAUCACAAUACCAAUCUUAGGAUUCUUCUUUUUUCUUAAAUAAACAAAACACUUUGUUGCAAUACUACAACAGCAUCAGUUUUUGUCUAAGUGAAAUGCAGGUAGCUCUAGAGUUUUAAAGCAGCCCAUCUUAAGGCUAUUUUACUGCAGUGACUGCUCUACUUGUAACUUGUGAAAGGAGAAUGGUUCACUUCAUGACAAUCAGAAGUCAGUGCCACAGUCACUUUCUGCAGAACAUCACUGUAGAUAAAGGAGCUGAGAAUCUGCAGUGGUUGCCAUGUGGAAUACUGCUUCUGCCCCUUAGACUUCUAAAAAGAAAAACAAUUUAAAAAUAGUCUUCAGUGACAUUUUGUGUUGGGUGCUAUCAUGCAUCCCCCCCUGCCUUGGUUCCACUACAAACCAAGGAGUUUGAUGUACCAUCAGAGGCCAGGUGACUUGGCUCCUACUUUCCAGUUAUGUAUUUCAGGCAACCUUCUGCCUAAAUUAGUAUCCUGUAGAGCACAAAUUCUUUUCUCAGCUGCUCUUAGCAUUCUAGCACUACAGAAAAAUCUUCUGAGGAUUCAGGCACCAGCUCUAGUCCAUCUGUUUUGAUGCUCUGUUGCCUGCUUUUGACUUGUAAGACAGAAGGUGGUGACAGCUGUGUAAAAUCAUUCCUUAAACUGUGAACAUCUGCAAGGGAGAGCUUGGUUCAACACCUGGGGGGGACACAGAAAAACAGCUUGUUGGGAGUUCUGAUGCUGUCAAAGACAGAAAGCCUCACAGUGCUCAAGAGUAAAACCUUUACAGCUGAAGGAUGCUUUGCUUUUCUGCCAAGAAAUUGAUGUCAGUUACGUGGCUUUCCCCCCCCACCCCCACCUUUCUCCCUAUUGUGUGUUGCAUCAGAAAUGCUCUCACUGCCUUGGGUUUAAACUUCUUUGUAUAAAAUACUUUAUUACUCACUGUGCCUUAACUUAAUCCUUCCUUCAAUUUUUUGCAAACUGUAUGAA